GUGAUGCCUUCGAUGUCUCUGUCAAAGCAGUGACAAAGAAAACAUUAUUUGUCAGAGCACCUGAAACUCUUUCUAUUUCGGCAGUUUUGACAUCAGACCAACCGGGCAAAACCUUCCGUAAGAAGGAGAGAAUGGCAUCG